AUGAGCGCGCACUGCGGGGACGGCCAGUUCUGGGACGCGCUGGUGCGCCAGUGUCUGCCGUGUGAGCGCGCCUGCGACCAGCCCUAUCGCCGGGUGAGAUGCGCCGAAUUCUGCGUGUCCCUCAGGUGCCACGCCCGGGCGGGGAGCUACUACGACCGGCUGCUGAAACGCUGUAUGAGCUGCACUGAGCUCUGUGGCAGCCAUCCGGCUGAGUGCGCCCACGCCUGCGGCGGUGAGUACCUGCCGCAGCAGAAAGUACCUGCCAGCGCCGUGUCCCCCACCUCGCUGAGUGAGACAAGGCCAUCGCUGCGGCAGCCCCCCUCCCCCGGGCUGGGGGGGGAGCACCAGGGGGCGGUGAUCUACUCUCUGUUGGGGCUGUGUCUGGCGGUGCUGCUCUGUACCCUCUCCCUCGCCCUGCUGGUGCUGCUGUGGAGGAGCCGGGGGGGCCGAGGGGCCAGGUCACCCCCCCGGGAGGCCGAGACCAGCGAGUCCAAGCACCGCCCCUCCUCCAAAGACUGUCUGAUGGAGCCGGUGGUGGAGGGGUGGGUGCAGGGUGCUGGGCUGCAGAAGAAGACCAGGCCCACAGAAACCUGUAUGCACUGCUUCCCUGAGCUGCGACCCUGCCGUCGCGACGACAAGCCCCCGACGCUCUACCAGCAGGCUGCCGUCACAGCGGCCCCUGGGGGAACCUCCCAAACCGCGCUCCCCUGCGACAAGCCUGCCACCCUGAGGAUCAUCUGCUCCCCGACACAGACCAGCACCUGA